AGGGCGGGGCGGGCUCGGAGGCGGCGGCGGCGUGGGCGCUGUGUUGCAGGUGUGACAUCCGCGGGCUCCUUCCUGCCUGGGUCCCGAUCGCCUGGGCGGACGCUGCUCCUCGGGCACCCGGUGGUGGCGAUCGCCUGCUCGUGGAUUUCCGCCCGCGGAUUUUUCCCAUCCAGGCCAUAACCUUCAGAACAGAACGAAUCAGGCCAGUCAGCAAGCUGCCAGUUCCUGCCAGCACCUUGUUGAGGAACCCAGCUGGACCCAUUUCUAAUCAACGCAUCCCCCUCCCUCCAACACACAACCUCUCUGGAUCUCUGAAGGAGACAGACCAGGAUUGGAAAAAUUUCAGACUUCCAAUAGACAUUGAGUGCAAAAGGAUCCUUAGGUUUGCCUUGCACAGAUCUGCUCUAGCUGAGGGACAUAGGGGGAGAAUACAGGUGUUAUUUUCACCUAAGAAGUCACACAAACACAUUCUACAUUUAAACCUCUGCACGGAGGAUGGAUGAUGGUUAUUGAAACAGCCCGAACGUAGAGACAACGGUGCCCAAGGCAUAGCUUGAGAGGUGACCACGCAGUUUGCGGAACCAAGGAAUGGAUGCUUACAAAUAUCAGGACAACUAUGAGGGCUACGCCCACACGGAUGGCUACUAUCCCGGCAAUGAGUCCAACCCGGAGGAAGACGCCCAGAGCGACGUCACCGAAGGCCAUGACGAAGAGGAUGAGAUCUAUGAGGGGGAGUACCAGGGCAUCCCUCACCCGGAUGAUGUCAAGACCAAGAAGGCCAAGAUGGCGUCCUCCAGGGAGGAUGACCUUCGGGCCCAGGCAGACCUGAUGGCGGAGAGGCUGGAAGAUGAGGAGCAGUUGGCUCAUCAGUACGAGAGCAUCAUGGACGAGUGUGGCCACGGGCGCUUCCAGUGGGUCCUCUUUUUCGUCUUGGGUUUGGCCCUGAUGGCUGAUGGGGUGGAGGUGUUUGUGGUGAGUUUUGCCCUGCCUAGCGCAGAGAAGGACAUGUGCCUGUCCAGUUCCAAGAAAGGAAUGCUUGGGAUGAUAGUCUACCUCGGAAUGAUGUCGGGGGCCUUCGUCCUGGGGGGCCUGGCGGAUAAGCUGGGGAGAAAGAGGGUCCUCAGCAUGUCUCUGGCCCUCAACGCCUCCUUCGCCUCCAUCUCUUCCUUCGUGCAGGGCUACGGCGCCUUCCUCUUCUGCCGACUCAUCUCAGGCAUCGGUAUUGGUGGAGCACUGCCCAUUGUGUUUGCCUAUUUCUCUGAAUUCUUGUCUCGGGAGAAGCGCGGGGAGCACCUCAGUUGGUUGGGCAUCUUCUGGAUGACCGGGGGCAUCUAUGCGUCGGCCAUGGCUUGGACCAUCAUUCCGCACUAUGGCUGGGGCUUCAGCAUGGGCACCCACUACCACUACCACAGCUGGAGGGUGUUUGUCAUCGUCUGCGCGCUGCCCUGCACCGUGUCUUUGGUGGCCCUGAGGUUCAUGCCCGAGAGCCCGCGGUUUCUGCUGGAGAUGGGCAAACACGACGAAGCUUGGAUGAUUCUCAAGCAAGUCCAUGACACCAACAUGAGAGCUAAGGGGACCCCGGAGAAGGUGUUCACGGUUUCCCACAUCAAGACCCCCAAGCAAAUGGACGAGUUUUUCGAGAUCCAAAGCGCAACAGGAACUUGGUACCAGCGCUGCCUGGUCAGAUUCAAGACCACGUUCAAGCAGGUCUGGGAUAACGCUCAGUACUGCCUGCUGGGGCCUUACCGGAUGAACACGCUGAUUCUGGCCGUGGUCUGGUUCACGAUGGCGUUAAGUUACUACGGCCUGACCGUUUGGUUCCCCGACAUGAUCCGGUACUUCCAAGAGGAAGAAUACAAGUCCAAGAUGAAGGUGUUUUUCGGCGAGCACGUGUUCGGCGCCACUAUCAACUUCACGAUGGAAAACCAGAUCCACCAGCACGGCAAGCUUGUGAAUGACAAGUUCACAAAGAUGUAUUUCAAGCACGUUCUCUUUGAAGACACGUUCUUUGAUGAGUGCUAUUUUGAAGAUGUGACAUCCACAGAUACCUAUUUCAAAAACUGCACCAUUGAAUCCACCAUCUUUUAUAACACAGACCUCUACGAGCAUAAGUUCAUCGAUUGUCGCUUUAUCAACUCGACCUUUCUGGAGCAGAAGGAGGGCUGUCACAUGGACCUGGAGCAAGACAACGACUUCCUGAUCUACCUGGUCAGCUUCCUCGGCAGCCUGUCUGUCCUGCCCGGGAACAUCAUCUCCGCCCUGCUCAUGGACAGGAUCGGGAGGCUCAAGAUGAUCGGUGGCUCCAUGCUGAUUUCCGCUGUCUGCUGCUUCUUCCUGUUUUUCGGCAACAGCGAGUCUGCGAUGAUCGGCUGGCAGUGCCUGUUCUGCGGGGCCAGCAUCGCGGCCUGGAAUGGUCUGGACGUGGUCACCGUGGAGCUGUACCCCACCACCCAGAGAGCAACCGCCUUUGGCAUCCUCAAUGGAUUAUGCAAAUUUGGAGCCAUCCUGGGAAACACCAUCUUCGCUUCCUUUGUUGGGAUCACCAAAGUGGUCCCCAUCCUUCUGGCCGCCACGUCCCUCGUCGGGGGCGGCCUGAUUGCUCUCCGGCUGCCAGAGACCCGAGAGCAGGUGCUGAUGUGAACCAGCGGCGGGGAGAGGAGACUUCGGAAGAACCUUUCCGGGGGACCCUCGGGGCAUCCACACUUCCUGUCCGUCACCGCCCUGAGGACUUUGGAAGCCCCGGAGGAGAUGUUGAUUUUGCGGUGAUGACCCCUAGUCUAGGACCCAUCUCAGCUUUAAGAUAUUGGUGACUCAGGUGACUGGUUUGGGGUGUCCUGAGCUGCCCUGGUAAUCAUGGAAGGAGGAGGAACACCCUCCAGGGGGGCUGCGUGCUAAGCAAGAGGUGUAAGGACGCCUUUGCACUUGAAGGUGGAUGUGAGCGUGAGGACACUCAAGCUCCUUCGUAAAGUUCUUCGGAGCCCCGUGACCUAACAUGUUGCCUGGGCAACACGUUAGAGUCAUCGUAUAUAUAUUUUGGGCUCCAAGUACAGGAUACGUCUAUUUUUUUUUUGCAUUGAAAAGAAUCACCUAUCAUAUUUUCCAUCUGAAUAUUGGCACAAUCGCAGGGAAGAUACGCCGAUAUAGAA